CGCUGCCCCCGCAGCUGCGGAGACUGACCCGUCCCUGCACCGCCGGCCGGCGCCCUGGGGAGAACGUCCCUGCUCCCCUGAAUCGUGAGAACUGUGCGGAGCGGAAAAAUGGGCUUCUGCCCUUGAUAAAACAUCGCCCCGUCCUCAGCCCCAUAUCGAAACAAACCAGAGGGAGAGCCAAUGAAAAGCCGAGUAGCAGAUAAUGGGAAGGAAAGGACCCCUCGCACCCAGAUGAGGGUGGAAGAGAGGAGGGGAGGGGUAAACGGGACCGGGUGAUGGGAAGCUCAGGGGUCCCGAGGCAGAAGGUGAUUGCAGAUAGAAAGUAGGCAAUCCUAGGGGUGUGUGAGAGGGAGGGAAGUUAGAAGGAGGGGCUGGGGAGAUGACGAGAAACAAGGCGGGUGCACACCAUUGAUAAGCAAGCCCAACCAUGGAGCCAGCAUUUAGGGCAUCAGAGUGCUGCACUCAAGGUCACUAUCAAAUUUGAAUCUGUUUCCCAUCAUGUCCUCCUGCCUUCUCCAUCCACGCUGCAUCCUCCUGGCGGCUUUGGCAUUCUUAUGUGUCUGGGCCAUCUUUGGUCCCUCCGGGCUAAGGAAGGAGUUAUCCUUCACUCCCCCAAUGCCAGCCCCAGCUGCACCGGCACCCCCACUCUCCUUGCCCCACCUUCUGAUCCCUAACGUAGGGGCUUGCAGAAGUUCUGGUUCCCAGCCCUUUCUUCUGAUCCUAGUGAGCACCGCCCCUGAGCAUCAAGAGCAGAGAGAUGCUAUUCGAGCCUCCUGGGGGGCUCUCCGGGAGAUCCAUGGUCACUUGGUCCGGACUCUCUUCAUACUUGGAGAACCUGAUGAUAGUCGCUGGGAAAACAUUAAGGAGGUGCUAAGAUGGGAAGCACAGGUUGAGGGGGAUAUCGUGCAGGCUGCUUUCACCGAUUCAUAUCGAAACCUUACCCUGAAAACCUUAAGUGGACUGGCCUGGGCAGCCAGGUAUUGCCCCAAUGUUCAUUAUGUCCUCAAGACUGACGAUGAUGUUUACAUCAAUGUCCCUGGGCUCGUGGCUGAACUUGACAAACGAGAAAAGGAUCUGCAACAGAGAGAUCCUAACAGAGAUAGAACUGUUCAAGGGGAGGCCAAAGCUGGAGAGAGAGAAUCAGAGCAGCCCACGAGGCGGCCCCCUGCUGUGCCCCAUCUGUACCUUGGCCACGUCCACUGGAGAGUUUACCCUUCCCGCUUGAAGGGGAGCAGGCAUCAGGUGUCAGAGGUACAGUGGCCUUCCGAGCGGGGUGCCUUCCCCCCUUACGGCUCAGGCACUGGCUAUGUGUUGUCAGCCCCAGUCCUGCGGCUGAUUCUGAGGGCAGCUGGUGCUGUGCCUCUAAUCCCAGUAGAAGAUAUUUUUGUUGGGGUGAUCGCCAAGAGGGUCGGGGUUGCACCUACCCACAACUCUCGGAUAGCAGGUGCUGCCCGAUACCCCAUCGACCGCUGCUGUUUUGGGAGGAUCUUGCUAACUUCUCACCACAUGGAGCCCUGGGAGAUGAAGAGUGCCUGGGAGCUUGUGAGGGGUUCCUCAGGGAAUGGGGACAAGCCACUCUGCUCAUGGCUUCAGGAAACUCUUGGAAUGCUGAGAUGUUGGAUGCUGAACUGGUGGUAUUUUUGACAACAUGGUGAAUCCUCAGAAGAGCUGAGGCUGAAGAUGUAUCAGAAGGAGGUGUUGGGAAGGGCUGGCCCACAGUGGGAUUUGGAUACUUGGGGUGCAGUUGCCCUGGGAUUUUAUCCUUCCUCUCCAACAAUCCCAGUUUAUCAUGAAGCAAUGAAGCAUCUCUCCAGGCUGUGGAUUCAGUGGCCUGAUCUGUAGUUCCAUCCCCCCCCCCCCUUUUUUUUUUUUUUUU